AUGUAUGUUGAGAAAAUGUAUUUUCAGGACAUGAAACCUUUGAAACAAGCCGCUGAUGCCUUUCUAGAACAGAAAAUGUGCGUUAGUAUGUUGCAUAAAAUUGCAACGUUUAUGGUGGCUAACUACCGCACAUUAAGAAAGUUAACCGAGGAUGAAAAAAUUGAAGUUUACCAAGCAGCACGACAGAUGUGUGCUGAAGUUUCAGUACAAGUGCCCAAUCACAGCAACCAAGAAACAAAUCCAGGGCCGUACAAAAUGGCGAAAUUUGAGGACUGGGCAGAAGAGCCUCCUCUCCUACAUGAUGAAGUCAGCAGAUACUUGCAAGAACACUGUGUGAACGAGGGAGAUAUUCUACAGUGGUGGAAAAAUAACUCCCAACGACUUCCUCGACUUGCGUGUGUGGCAAGAAAAAUAUUAAAUAUACCAGCCACUAGUGCGUCUAGUGAGAGAAUUUUUAGUUGCGCUGGAAACCUAAUUAGCGAAAAACGAUCACGUCUUAAUGCAGACAGACUUAACGAUCUUGUCAUAAUUAAUUCAAACAUUAAUCAGCAGACACAUUGA